AUGUCUUCAGACGAAGAAGUUGUCACUAGGCGACAGGUCGCAAAAAUCAAGCCGCAGUCGUUUUUACCAAAACCUCGACGCGUAGUAACAAAUGAUUCACCCUUGACUAGUACAUCCACAUCCGUAACACAAAGUCCGAGUGGAGCCGUCAACCUACCGAAACUUCGUCCAAAGGUUUAUUAUGAUGACGAAGACGAUACAUUUUUUACGCGAAAGACUACUUUUUCACGAAAAAUGAACGCUAAAAAAUCACGAAAGUCGGAAAUUUUAAGGACACUUGAAGAUAACCCUAAACUUCCUACAAAUAGUAUUGAGGAAGAGAGACCUAAACAAAAGGCAAAAUCAAAGGUUAAAGGAAAGGGGAAGUCAUCAUUAUUAGAUUGGACAACUUCAGAUGAACCGAUUACGUUGGUCGAUGAAGAAGACGAUCAUAUUCAUUUUUCAGACCUAUCAGAUGAUUUGGAAGAUCGAAAGAAACCCAUUAAAAAUCCAGACAAGAAUAGAAGAAUUGACGAUAAGGAAGAUUCUUUAACUCCACCACCAGAGAUAAACAGUUAUUUACUCCAAUCAACGCUUGCUCCAUUACAUGCAACACUCGCACAGUAUUCAGGAUCAUUGCGUUCUGAUGGUAAUGGAUUGGGCUCACCAAUUGUAUCUUCCGCCUUACAGGAUGAUAUAGAGUUGGAACCUGAACUUUUAGCUAUUCAACAAUCAGUCAGACAGGAAAAGAAUUCGAAUCAAUCCAUAAACACUAAAGUUGAAAUCUUGGUGAGUCCUAAACGUCAUCCAGGCGUGUUAAUAACUGACGAAAAUGCUAAUUAUGACGCUCCUAUAAAGUUCAUUAUAAUGGCGGAAGAUACUUUUGAGUCAUUAAUCACGAGUCUAUGUUCCAAAAAAGGAAUUAAUAAGCAAGAUUUAGUACUGACAUACAAGAAUGUUAGGGUUUUUCCUCGUGGAACACCAUCAAGUUUAGGCAUGUCCGGACUUGUUCAUAUGGAAUCCUAUACGAAAGAAACGUAUUUGUAUUUUAAAGAACAACAGGAACUAGAGAGGAAACGAUUGUUCGAGCAAUUGGAAGAAGAUUCUAGUUCUGGUCAAGGAAUUGAUAUUGAAACAAAUGAAACAAAUGAAACAAAUGAUAAUGAAAUAGAAAUGAACGAAGAUAAAUAUCUUUGUCUUAAGUUUCAAUGCCAAGACGAAACUAUUGAAAAGCUUAAAAUCAAAAAAUCACUUACAAUUCAAGAGGUAAUUGACCGCUAUCGAAUAAUAAAAGGGGUAUCAAAAAGUAGAGAGAUUAAUUUAAUAUUUGAAGAUGAGCGUUUGUCACCUCAUGAAAAAUUAAUAAAUACAGAUUUGGAGGACGGUGACAUACUGUCUGUCAAAAUAAUUUAA